AUGUCUGGAGCCAACAGCUCCAGCCUGACCCCAGAUUUCUUUACCCUGAAUGGUGUUCCCGGGCUGGAAGCUGCACAUGUCUGGAUCUCUCUGCCAUUCUGCCUCAUGUACCUGAUUGCUGUCGUGGGGAACUGCGGGCUCAUCUACCUCAUUGGCCAUGAGGAGGCUCUGCACCGGCCCAUGUACUACUUCCUGGCCUUGCUGUCCUUCACUGAUGUAAGCUGGUGCACCAGCACUGUGCCCAACAUGCUGUGCAUAUUCUGGCUCAACCUCAAGGAGAUUGGGUUUAAUUCCUGCCUGGCCCAGAUGUUCUUUGUCCACAUGUUGACUGGAAUGGAGUCUGGGGUGCUCAUGCUCAUGGCCCUGGACCGCUAUGUGGCCAUCUGCUAUCCUCUACGUUACACCACCAUCCUCACCAACCCUGUGAUUGCCAAGGCUGGCCUUGCUACUUUCUUGAGGAGUGUGAUGCUCAUCUUCCCAUUCACUCUGCUCACCAAGCACCUGCCCUUUUGCAGAGGAAGCCUUAUCCCCCAUACUUACUGUGAUCACAUGUCUGUGGCCAAGAUAUCCUGCGGCAAUGUCAAGGUCAACACAGUCUACGGUCUAGUAGUUGCCCUUGUGGUUUGUGCGUUCAACAUAUUUUGUAUCACUGUGUCUUACACUAUGAUACUGCGCACAGUGGUGAGUCUGUCCUCUGCUGAUGCUCGUCACAAGGCCUUCAGCACCUGCACAUCUCACAUCUGUGCUAUUGUGGUCACUUACGUGCCUGCCUUUUUCACGUUCUUCGCUCAUCGUUUUGGAGGACACACUAUUCCCCACCACAUCCACAUCAUCGUGGCCAACCUCUACCUGCUACUGCCGCCGACCAUGAACCCAAUUGUUUAUGGAGUCAAAACCAAGCAGAUCCGGGAAAGCGUGAUCAAGUUUUUUAUUGGAGAGAAAAGUGGCAUUACUGAAAUGAAAGGAUUAAAAAACAAGUAA